UGAUGGACUGUUAUUUAACUGUACAUUACAGGUGUUUGGAGCCAGGACCCACUAGUAUGAUUGACUGAGGAUUAGUAUGACUGUGUGAUACCUGUGUUUCUAGGGAGGAUGAAUGAGGCUGCAGAGAUCACAGUCAUAGUUCUUAAUGCCAAAGGUUUGCAGAGCAAGAGACCAGGAAAAUGUAAAUUCUCAGUAAUAUUUGGAGUGGGUUCAAAAAAGUAUAGAACAGCUGUAGUCAAAGACCCAGAGGGAAACCCGGAGUGGAGUGAGGAGUCUACAAUUCAAGUGUCAAAUCCCUUGGACCAGGUUUUCUUCAUUGUGACAGAGAAGGACGAUGUUCUGGGUCAGGUUCAUGUUCCAAUCACCAGUCUCCCGGGACCCCCAGGACACACCACCCUAGUGUCCCUUCAACCCCACAAAAAGUGCCCCAACCCCAAGGGCGAGCUGACAUAUCGGUGCUACGUUUCCCAGUACAGACAGGCCCAUGCUCCUGUCAUUAAAACAGGAAGUCCUAACAGGUUCCAGUCGAAUUCAGCAACUCUCAACUUCAAAAAAAGAUUCAGCCUUGCCAAUUCACCUGUCAUUAACCUGAAGAACAAAAAAGACAGCAAGCAAAGUGGUGGAUCCAAGUUAUCUACACUUAACAAAAAAUUCUCACGAUCAAUACAGGAUAUUUUUAGUUUUGGAAAGGCUCAUAGUGAUGAAGAAAACGAGAAACCCUUUAAACCAAGAGCACUUACUCACAUGAGUAUAGGGACAGGGAUGGAGUCUGCUGGCAGGUGCCCUGUAAUCACCUCAGUAACUCCAUCAUGUGGGUUGAUUGAGGGAGGCACCAAAGUGACAAUAGAGGGGAAAUACUUGGGACUUAGCAAAGCUGACAUAUUAGAUCUGAACAUAUGUGAGUGUGAGUGUGUAGAUUCUGUGAUAUGGGAAUCAUCCAAUAGGAUUUAUUGUACCACCAAGCCUUCUCUGGCGGGACUGGGAGAUGUUGAGAUUGAGACAGAGUCUGGAGGUAUUGGGUGCCUCAGACAGGCCUAUGAGUAUGUGGAGGAGCUGCCCUCGGGAGAGGAGCCAGUAUUUGAGGAGGAGGAGGAAGUGGACGGCAGGAGGUCGGCCAGUUUCACGAUCGGGACCUUUAGUGCCUCCUCAUCUCCACAGACGCCCAAAAAAACUGUACAGGUGAGAUAUCAGUGA